GAUUUUUUUUUAUACAUGAAAGCAAGCUAGCAAGGGCUGCAGUGCAUCGGUGCACGAUUUAUAAUGUUUUCCUAAAUAUCUUUGAUUGUAGCUAACAUCUCACAGUUAUGAGUUGAAUUGCAAUUUAUUUAACCUAGCUGGUUCUGUCAUUUCAGAAGAUACGUUAAGGCGGGGGCAUGCGCAGCUGGAGGUGGCAGUUCUCCAGGAUGAUGCGUCUGUGCCUGCGCUGGUGCCGGCUGUGCCCUAAGCGAGGGGGUCGACCCAGCAAGCCCCAGAGGAAGCUACGAGAGCUGUGGAGCUACUGGAAGCUGCUGCUCAACUCCCUCUACUUCAACAGCCUUACCAACUCUGACACCUGCCUGGACUGUGUCUUUGAGCCCGUCUACUGGAUAGUUGACAAUGUGACUCGCUGGUUUGGGGUGGUGUUUGUGUGCCUGGUGAUUGCCCUCACCAGCUCUGUGCUAGUCAUUGUCUACCUGUGCCUGCUGCCUGUCAUCCUCAACACCUACCCACUGCAGUGGAUCGUCUGGCACCUCACUUACGGCCACUGGGUCCUCAUGAUGGUCCUCUUCCACUACUAUAAGGCCACCACCACCUCCCCUGGACACCCACCACAGGUUAAAAGUGAUACACCGUCAGUGUCCAUCUGUAAAAAAUGCAUCGUCCCCAAACCAGCCAGAACUCACCACUGCAGCAUCUGCAAUACGUGUAUUCUGAAGAUGGAUCACCACUGUCCCUGGCUCAACAACUGUGUGGGCCACUUCAACCACCGCUACUUUUUCUCCUUCUGCCUGUACAUGACCAUGGGCUGCAUGUACUGCAGCGUCAGCUGCAAAGACAUGUUCAUAGAGGCCUACAACGCUGUUGAGAGCUACUAUGAGACGCCCCCACCACUGUUUUCCUUCAGAGAAAAGAUGGUCCACAAGAGUGUCAUUUUCAUUUGGGUGCUAACAAGGAGAGACCAGCGUGGAGAGACACAUCAACAAGAAAGAGGUCAGACGCUUAAAGGAGAAAGGAAAGGUGUUCCGAAAUCCAUACCAUUAUGGGAAAAUAAACAAUUGGAAAGUGUUGUUUGGUGUGGAGGAGACCAGGUAAGCCUUCCAGAUCACCACAAACUUCUAGACUGUUGUGAAACCUAAAUGAUUCUUCUUAGAGUUGGUUUGACUUCCUCUUCUCACAGUCACUGGUUGACCAGAGUCCUCCUGCCGUCUAGUCACACUCCCCAUGAAGACGGACUGGUAUGGGAAUUCCCUCAGGCUCUCACCAGAAGAGACCCAAUGACCAUCUAACCUCACUACUCACUGCUGCUGGCCAGUUUCUCAUCUCCACACUAUGGCCCAGAAUCACUCCUGGCACCUGGAUGGUGGAGUGAACAGAGGACUUCUCUUAGCCUCUGAGGAGUAGACCAUUUGGGCUUGAGUGACCCGUAUGUCAAGGAACCUCUGGGUGUUAGGGGACCUUAAUCUGCACUCCGGUCACUGUCAUGUGAACUGUCUUUUUUCAACUGUCGUCCUGUCUUGUGAACCGAUUUUUUUUUUUUUUGUACUGGUAGGUAUGUUGUCCAAAGAUGACAAAAUGUGUACUUUUUAAUUAUACUGAAGUCACAGAAAAAGCAGUUUGGACUUUUUCAGUGCCAACAAAGAGCUUUUCACCAAUGACUAGGUUAGCGCUAGAUAACCACACACCAUGGCCAUUCUCCAUCUAGGGGUGAGUAGUCUGGAGACUUUUUUGAAAGACUUCCAUAAACUAUUCAUAUUAUCGUUCAGGCUCUAGUUAGAACAUGGUGCUCAUAUUACUGAGCAGUGCCCCAGCCAAUAUCCAGGGGUGACGUAAUACUAUGGUCGACCAUGUAAAAACGACACAUUUCAAUGAACCUAUCCGGUGUAUGUGACAAAACAUCUACAGAGGCGUAUUAGGAAUUGUCAAAAGAUUCGUAACGUGCCGUGUGAAGUUAAAUCUUUAACAGGUGUUUAUAUUUGUUUAUCAGGCACUAAUGCAAAGUACAGUUUUACUGGAAUAUGACAUUUCUAACAUUGUCCAUUAAUUAUCUCGCCCACAUCACAUAUGGUAAUGGAUUUCCCCAGGAGCCAUCUUUUAAGAUCACUUAACAUGGUUAAAAGUGCUUGAAUGCAUCAGACUUCCUCCCAACUGGUCUUGUGUUUGGCCACCAUUUAGAUUUAUAAUGGUCAGGGGAUAUUUCUAUAAUAGCCAGCCUGUAACCGUAGGAAGGGGCUACCUGGUUGCCAUAGUGAAAAAAUGUCCUCACUGCUGUGACAUGACCAAUAGGAGCUGUGCUCCAUUAUUGUACGCCGCAUGUCUGUGUCAUUUGCUUUUGAUAUUAGCUUGUAUUGGUUAAUAUAAAAUAUUGUUUUUGGAGACUGUGAA